AUGACGAGCCUAAGAGACUUUCGUGUCCUCACUUUCGAUGUCUACGGCACCUUGAUCGACUGGGAGAGCGGCAUGCUGGCAGCUCUGCAGCCCCUCCUAGAAGAAAACAAGCGGACCGACUUCUCCCGCAAACAUCUCUUGGAGGUGUACCAUGACCUCGAAGUCAAACAGCAAACCAAGACCCCGGGCCUUCUGUACUCCGAACUACUCACCACGAUCCAUCCGCAGAUAGCCGAAAAGCUUGGGUUGGCUCCGCCGGCUCCGCAAGCCUCCAAAGCCUUCGGGGACUCGGUCGGUCGUUGGCCCGCUUUCCCUGACACGGUCGAUGCGCUGCGCCGCCUUGGAAAGUACUACAAGCUUGUUGUGCUGUCUAACGUCGACCGCGAGUCUUUCGCUGCCACCAACCCGGGGCCUCUUGAAGGUGUCCCGUUCGAUCUGGUGAUCACUGCUCAGGAUGUUGGGUCCUAUAAGCCUGACCAACGCAACUUUGAUUACAUGCUGCGCAAGGUUAAAGACACUUUUGGAGUUGAAAAGGAUCAGGUGCUGCAAACAGCACAGAGCCAGUUUCAUGAUCACCAUCCCGCGAAGGAGGCGGGGAUCAAAUCGUCUUGGAUCGUGCGGCCUGGUGCGGUAAUGGGCAACAGAAAUCGCGAGGUUUAUGACUGGAAGUUUGACACCUUGGGUCAGAUGGCGGAUGCUCUUGAGAAAGAACUGGCUUGA